ACAGGCAGUGCUAUGUAUGUCCCGCGGGCAGGGGCUGUGCCACAUGUGGCUGACGUCCCCGGCACCAAGGCUGCUGUGUGGCAGAACGGUGCGGCUCUGCAGACGAGCCCAGAGGCGCAGACUGGGGUCAGUAAGGAUCCAGCAAUGCCCACUUUGGUAGCCGCAUGUGUUUGGAGCGGCUGUGCCGCUCGGGGCAGUGCGGAGCGGCCGGCCCCAGAGCGGGGGCAGCCCGGCUGCCCGGCACCUGCCCCAGCCCAUCUCACAGCCGGCCCCGGCACGGAGCGGGGCUGGCAGCGCCCCAGGGCCGUUCCGCCCUGGAUCUCGGCAUGUCUGCGACACAGGCGCCCGACACCCAGGACCCUGAAGGCGCUGGGACAUGCCCGGAGGACGUCCCCUCCCUCAAGGAAAUCGAGCAGCUCCUGAACAGUGGGCGGCCCUCUUGCAAUCACGUUGAUGAAGUAUGGCCUAAUCUCUUCUUAGGGGACCUAGUAACAGCACACAAUAGAUUUAUUUUAUGGAAGAUGGGUGUGACCCAUGUUUUAAAUGCUGCCCAUGGCACAGCAUACAGCCACGGAGGCCAGGACUUUUACGGAGCAACUAUUGAUUAUUAUGGUGUACCAGCCCAUGACCUGCCAAGCUUUGAUAUCAGCCAGUUCUUUUUCUCUGCGGCACAGUUUAUCCACAAUGCCUUGAACACGCCAGGAGCCAAAAUAUUGGUACAUUGUGCAGUUGGAGUAAGCAGAUCAGCUUCUCUAGUCCUAGCAUAUCUCAUGAUAAAUCACCACCUCCCAUUAGUUGAAGCCAUCAAGACAGUGAAGGAGCAUCGAUGGAUUUCACCCAAUCGUGGUUUUCUGAAGCACCUGCGAAACCUGGAUGUUCAGCUACGGCAAAGGAAAGACUGCUGAACAGGCAACCCCUAUCUACAUUCACUUCACUGAGUUUCACCCUUCAGAACUAUUGUGUAUAUACAAUUUCCUGUGAUCAGUGCACAUGACAAAAGUAAAGAAGAUUAUGUAUUGAAAUAAAAAGGCCAACAGAAUGGUAAA